UGCCACAAAAACGGUUUGGACGUGAAAAAGCAAAAAGCAAAUCGCGUUCUUUUGCUUGUUAACGCUUGCUGUGAGUUAAGAACAAACAAGUCUGCAUUCAUGUCUCUCUGAUUCACAGCCACGUGAGUUUCGGAACACCGAAUCUUUUCGGUGUCUCCGUUCUCUCUCUUGAUUCCUUUUCCUGAUCUGAUUCUUCCAUUUCUCUUUCCUUCCCUUUCAAUUUCACUUGCAAGCUGCAGUUGUGCGCCGUCGCGACGGUGAAUUUCCCGGCAUAAUGUCGACGGUACUGAAUUGUCGGCCGUGCUGCAUCGGCGGCGGUUUGGUUAGUUCUUCAGGAAGGAAGGUGAAUUGUGUCUCGAAUUUAUGGUGGAAUCCGAAACCUAUGCCGAAGGUUUUGCGGCUGCCGGAGAAUGAUAAAUUCAAUGUCUGCCAGUUGGCUCCUAGCUUCUGUAGCAGAACAGUCAAAUACCAGAAAAUAUCAAUGGCAUUAGUGGAUGAAAAACCUGUGCACAAAGGCAAUGCUGUCAGCUCUUCUUCUGGUAUCUUGGCAUAUGACCUGAUUCAAGGAGAACUUGUGAGAUGGAGUUCUGCAAUGGACAGGCCUUUACCUGAUCCACCAACAGCUGUUUUAUUGCAUGGGAUCCUAGGUAGCAGGAAAAACUGGGGAACUUUUGCUCAGAAAUUGGCUCGAGAAUUUCCUACAUGGCAGUUUCUUUUAGUAGACCUGCGAUGUCAUGGCAAUUCAGCAUCAAUCAAAAAGAGGGGCCCUCAUACUGUUGCCUCUGCUGCUCUUGAUGUUUUGAAGCUGGUGCGAGAGCUAAGAAUAACGCCUCGUGUGUUGGUUGGUCAUAGUUUUGGAGGAAAAGUUGUCUUGAGCAUGGUGGAUCAAGCUGCAAAGCCUCUUGCUCGGCCAGUUAGAGUCUGGGUUUUGGAUGCAACUCCUGGAAAAGUUCGAGCUGGUGGAAAUGGAGAGGACCACCCUGCAGAACUCAUAUCAUUCUUAAAUACUUUGCCUAAUGAGGUCUCUUCGAAGAGGGAAGUUGUCAAAGCUCUUAUUCAACAAGGAUUUUCUAAUGAUGUUGCUCAGUGGGUAGUCACUAACCUACAACCAACCAGUUCUUUUGGCUCCCGAUCAUCGAGCUUCUCAUGGAUGAUUGACCUGAAGGGGAUCGAUGAAAUGUAUCAAUCAUAUGAAGAAACAAAUUUGUGGAAAAUUGUUGAAGAUGUUCCUCGUGGCGUGCAUGUGAACUUUUUGAAAGCAGAAAGAAGUCUACAUAGAUGGGCUCUUGAAGAUCUUCAACGAAUCCAUGCAGCUGAGGAGCUGGCUGCUGAGGAAGGCGGGGGAGUUGAAAUGCAUGUUCUUGAAGAUGCCGGCCACUGGGUACAUGCAGAUAACCCAGAUGGACUCUUCAGGAUACUGUCUUCCUCUUUCCAGAGAGUUAAGGCCUAAGUAGGCCUGAGAGGAAAACGACUAAGGCCCAGCAGUCCAAACCAUGAAGAGAGAUGGCCUCGCUGCAAGCCAACUUUGCAGAGUCAAGUGGAGUGACGAGUUUAGGUAAGAAGUGACAUAGCCUUACCCACUUCUCUCACGACUCGAGCAUUUCGGCACACUCACUCUCUCCACUUUCCACGACAAGGUGCACCUUUAGACACAAAAUGGCACGAACAUUUAUUUGCUCCUGAUGACACCAAACUUGAAUUUAUAAGGAGGGUAUCAUUGCCAUUUUUCUAUAAAUAGGCAACAAUGCAUGAUUGAUAGACUUUCAACAUUUUGUCAAACUUACAUAAGACUUGCAAUGUGCAAAAUACCAGUCCUGACCUUGUCUCAUCCAAUCUCGCCUAGCAUGAACUACUUUCUUUGUGCUAGCUCAGCUUCCUAGGCUAGUUUUGCAUCUAUAUUUCCCUUUUCGUCUUCACAAAGCACCCAAUUGUAUUCAUUUCAUUUGUAAUACCAUUAACAUUUAUACUCA